AUGACAUUUCAAUGCAGCCGUUGGACUAUUUUAUGUAAAUGAACUUUGUUUAUAAAUGAGCGAGAAAGUAUAUCUUAAAGUUGUUCUUUUAGGCAAAGUUAAUAGUGGAAAGACAUGUCUUGUGACAAGAUACAUCACCGAUACUUUCAGUCCUGAACAGCCAUCAACAAUUGGUGCUGCAUUUUGUCGAAAGGAGUUGAAUAUAGAUGGUCGAUUAUUGACACUUGCUAUAUGGGAUACUGCCGGAGCUGAGCGAUAUCAAUCUUUAACUUCGAUGUAUUACAGAAAUGCCGGGGCAGCUGUUAUAUGCUUUGAUUUGACUGAUGCUUCUAGUUUUGAGAAGGCAGAUUAUUGGGUGUCACAAAUAUUAGCCAAUGAACCUAAAUGUAAAAUUUACCUUUGUGGAACAAAAUUUGAUCUUAUUCAAGAUGAAAUCAAAACAAGAGCAGUUUCAAAAGUUUCUAUAGAGCAUUAUGCAAAAGGUCGGGAGGCUGAAGUUUUGGAAACUUCAAGCAAAACUGGUCGAAACAUAGAUACUCUGUUCGAGACAUUAUCGUUCACUUUCCUAUCAAAUAACGAUCUCCUACUAGGAAAGGGCAAAAAUUUAACAUCUCGUCUAAAGCUAACUUCAUCAGAUCAUCAACAAACCUCAUCAUGUUGCUGAAACAAAAACAUUCCAAAUGUGAAGUGAUGUUUUUCGCUAGCUUGAUUGCGUGCUGCAAAAAUAAAUGCUUUUCCUUUCGCUUAGUAAAAGUUGUAAAAAGGAGAAAAAGUCCUGAACUUGAGGCAAUUUUAUAAAAAUAUUUACUCUUGAAAAUAUUUUUUUGUUUUUAAUGUAAAAAUGCUUAACAGAAACUCAACAAAUGAGAAACAAGUCAAAUAAUGCAAGAUUAAAUCUAUGCAGAGUUUA